AUGUCCCGUCUCUGCAAUAGCAAGAAGACUCGCGUCUCUGAUAAUGCGAGUCCAUGUAUGAAGCUGAAGCGGAGUGAAGGCACCCAAGCUGUCGAAUACACCGUCACCAACACCGCCCUCGCCACCCCCGGCGGUGUCGCCUUCCGCGACAAAGUUGGGGACGCCUACGCCAAGCAAACAAUGGACUCUGCAACGCAAUUCAUAUGGAGGACCUUUCAGCAGCAGAAUUCUCCUGCAGACAGAAAGAACGUGCAAACGGUUAGCUUGUUCGUGGAAGAAAAAGAUGGAGUGGCAUAUGCUACAAACAACGAGAUUCAUCUCAGCUCGAGAUAUGUUGGAAACUACAACGGAGAUGUGAGAAGAGAAGUAACUGGUGUGCUGUAUCAUGAGAUGACUCACAUAUGGCAGUGGAAUGGGAAUGGCCAGGCUAAUGGAGGGUUGAUCGAAGGGAUUGCUGAUUAUGUAAGGCUCAAAGCUGGCUAUGCGCCGAGCCACUGGGUGCAACCUGGUCAGGGAGAUAGAUGGGAUCAAGGCUACGAUGUUACUGCUCGUUUUCUGGAUUACUGUAACAGUCUGAGAAAUGGGUUUGUGGCAGAACUGAACAAGAUGAUGAGGACUGGUUAUAGUGACGACUACUUUAGGCAGCUCCUUGGGAAGCCUGUGGAUCAGCUGUGGAGAGACUAUAAAGCCAAAUACGGCAAUUAG